AUGACUUUAAAACAACAUCCAUUUGUCAUUUUAUUAAUAGUUAUCAUUUUCAUUUAAACUAGCUUUACUUAAAAUGCUAACUAAUCAACCUAUGUUGAUUUGACAAAUACUCGAACUAAAGAAUGUAGUAAUAUCAAAUUUUGUAAAACUAUAGUUUAAAUUAGUUGACAUAUCUGAUCUUGAGAGAGAAUAAGUUUGGAGUUAAAUUUACUCUAAAUCAAGUCUAGAAUUAUAAGAAAACAUUGAAUUCCUUGUUAACAACAGUUAUGAGAUCUCAAACAAUUUUUAUUUUUCAUAAUUGUCAAGCUUCACCAUCCCUUGGCUUAUAAUAGCUAUUGGAACCUUUUUUCUCUCUAUUAUGUAUAUACUCAUUGUUUUCAAAUCAAAGUGAGAAUAUUUUAUGAUUUUAGUUCUGUAGUAAUUUGGAUUAAAAACCAUACAGAAGAGGAAUUUCUUGAAAAUACGAAAAGGUAUCAUAAAUACGGAAUCAUCUCAAUAGUUAUCUUAAAUUUUACCAUAAUUACUUGUUCGAUUAUUGCUUUAGUAAUAUAAAAAUUUGAAAUUUAGGUUUUUAUAAAUGAUAUUAAUGAAGGACUCUCCUAUUCAAGUUGCUAUCUAAGUUAAUCAUUUGAUGAUUUAUUAAAUAAAAACGAUGAAAACUUUGUUGGAUAUAAUAACCUUUAGGUUGAUUUGGAAAUAUUAUCAAAGCAUGUUUAAGAGUUUCAAAUAAAUUUAAAGGCUUUAUUUUAAGAUAGAAAAUCGAUAACAAUGACAAAAAAAUUAUCCGAGCUGAUUGAAUUUAAUGAUCAGUAAAUUUAUAUUUCAUUUAGAUUAAAGAGAAACCUCCCAAGAUCUCCUUUACCGAUAAUGAUAUCUUCAAAUGGAACAAAUGUAAUUGAAGAAACAGAGUCAUAUUUUUCAAAAUCUAAAUUAGUAAAUUACAAAUCAUAUUAUAGUUUGAUUAUAUACUAUCAAAUGAAAAAGAUGAAGAUUAUUUGACAUUUUAAGAAUAUUAUGAUCUUAUUCAAUAAAAAUAAGAAUUAAUUUAAUUAACAGAUCAAGUGAAUUAAGUUAUUAGCUUUUAUGAUAAAAUAUUUUUGCAUUUUGGAUCAAUUGAAAAUGCCUCUUUUGCUCUUAGAGAUUAAAGAUUAACAUCAAUAUAUAUGAGGGCUGAAUAACAAUUAUCAAUAAUAAACAAUUAUUUAUUUGUAUAUUCAGAUAAAUAUUUGAGCUUUCAUCAAAGUUUGAAUGAAAGUAUGAAAAAAUAUACAAGUUCUAUAAUUGGAAUUGGAAUAACAUUAAUAAUACUCUGUUUUAUUUAAAUCCUUGUCUGGGGUGGCUACUGGUUUAAUAAUCGGUUCAAAAUAAAAGCUAUUGUAGAUUUUUUAUGGUUCAUUUGCAACUUAUUACUUAUAGCCCUUUUAGUUGUUAAUAUAUUUCUGCAUUCUCAUUCUGAAUUAUCGAAUGAUAUAUGCAUAUAUUUUGACGGAUUUGUCAAUAAGAUUGAAGUAUAUAAAAGUCAAAACAUAAUUGAUUUUGAUAAUACAAAAUAGACACUAAAAAAUUGUUUAUUUGAAGAUGGAAAUAUUUAUGAGUAAUUAAAUCUUGUUUAAAAAUUGAAAGAUAUUAGAACUUACAUGAACAGUGAAAAAGGAGUAGAAGACUAAAUUUAAAGAAUCAAUUCUAAUUAUGAAUAAUUUAUCUAAAAAUUAUCUAAAAAUACCUAAAGUUUAACCUAUAUUUUAGAUGGAACAAUUGUUGAUCUAGAUGAGAAGCAAUAGAUGGAGUUUAAUAAAAUAGUGAAAUCGUUUAAUGAUCUUAAAUAAAACAAUAAUUGUGCUGAGUUAGCCUUUUAGAGUUGUUCAGAUGGUACAAGUCCAAAAAAGCAAGGUUCUUAAAAUUAAACAUAAUUUUGCUGGCAUCCAUCAUAUUUAAUAACAAGAUAUUCGGCUAGUUGUCCAGAGCAAUAAAAUGAAUUUUAGAAAUUAAAAUAACACUUUUAAUCUUAAGCCUAAGGAUGGAUAGAAGCCUAAUAAUUGGAGUCUUAAUUCAUAUCACUAAAUUAAUAACUUAGCAUGGAUUUAAACUAAUAUAUAAAUUAGAUUUAGAAAUUUAAUGAAAAAGAAUAAAUGAUUUUAUCAAGUAUGAAUAAUAUCCUUAAGUCAACUAAUUGUACAUUUAUCAAAGUAAAUAAAUAAUUCAUAUAUAGGGUCAUUAUAAUAAAAUGCUUGAUGGAAUGUGCAUAAUAUAUUCAGAAUCAGUAUAAAAAGAAUCUAUACUUGUAAUAAUCAUUAUUUGUAUGCUUUUCCUUUCUGUGCUUGCUAAUUGUUUAACUUCUAUAAAGGUUACUCAUAUGGAGUCUUACGAGGAAUAUGCAUCUACAAAAGUGAUAAACUUUGGAGGUUCUAGUAGAAUGAGAGGGCCAAAUGAUCCAAAUUAGAUGCAACAUGUAUACCCUUUACAUGUGAUGAGCGGUGUAGAAUAAGAGUUAAAAUGA